GCCCAUGAUGAAAAAGAAGGCUACUGGGACUCUGUACUCUGGAGUGAUGAGACCAAGAUAAAUGUUUUGGGAACUAACGACUUCAAAACUGCAUGGUAUUGCAAAGAUGAGGAGUACAAAGAAAAAUGCAUGGUGCUUAUAGUGAAACAUGGUGGUGGCAGUAUCCUUCUGGGGGGCUGCAUGAGUGCUGCUGGUGUCAAGGAGCUGCAUUUCAUUGAUGGUAUCAUGAAUUCACAGAUGUAGUGCUCUAUGUUGAAAGAGAAGUUUUCCAAUAUGACAAUGAUCCAUAACACACAUCUAAGGCCACUGUUGCAUUUCUGA